AUGCGUUGGCGCGCGCGCGCGGCUCCUUCCCGCGCUAAAGAGCGCGCCAACAUCAGCUUCUUUAUAUUUAUUAUGUUCUUUGCGGUCUUCGGGGUAAUAAUUCUUACCGAGCUGCUGCUACUCGAACGACCUAACGCCCCAGGGUCAACACGAUCGCGGUAUAAUGAUGAAAUGCAGGUUGGAGCAGAUGUGGGUUCCCCCCGUCGUGCUGCCACCUUGUUGUGGUGGAGGGGCUUGCGUGUCCUAAUGACCUCCAAGGCUAUGCCGGAUAGGGUCUCCCAUACCGGACAGGCUCGGAGCGAGGGACCAGACGAAGAGCAGCACAAGGAGGGGCUCUCCGUG